AUGGGAAAUGAGCAUCUAACUGAGCCGGUAAAUGGUUGAUUCACUUCUAUAUAAGCCUUACAGAAGCAAGAAUAAAUAGAAAAGAAAGGAAUUUUUCACAGAAACACCCCGAGGCGCCGAUUCCGGGCCUUUGUUGUGGACAAGGAUGCGCCAACUGCAUCUAUAUCACCUAUGCCCAUGAGCUUAUCGAAUAUUAUCGUGAGUUUUGAUUGGCAUUCGUUUUUUUCUAUUUAAAAUUCAUAAGAGGCUGUAAUUUUCAACUUUUGAACCUCAUUAUUUCGUUGAGAAAAAAGAAAAUCCUGCUCCAAGAUUCUCCAAUGCUAUAAGAAUACGAAAAAAUCAGGAAAAGAGCAGAAUUAUAUUGAUUCUGACCUGCGUAAUUCAACAAAGUUAAUUUUCCAGACAACUUAGAAAAAAAUUUUUAAAAAAAAGCUUUCCUUACAUUUUCCAUUUCUCUUGCGAAUACACCAAUUUUUGCCCUUUUUCGCUGCACUUUUCAAAAUUACAUAUCCACAGGUUGAAAAAAGAAACCAAAGCCAUCCUUUCAGAGAAGAAGCAUUCAGAUGGCGGCCAUCGGGAGAAAAUCCUGAAAGAAAUUGAAUCCCAAGUCGAGGACGCCAACGUCCGAUUAUUCGUCAUUUCUGAGGUGAAAGCGACGUGGCGCGAAAUGGAUCGAAGGAAAUCAUAA